AUGACAACUACACUGAAGAGGCCUGGUGAUGAGGAACCACUGGAUGGUGAAGUCCUAUUGCAUGAGAAGAAGAUGAAAGUGCAGUCACAGGAUCAUAGUGCUGGUAGUGAGCCUGUUUCUACCAUAGAGAUUAUACCCACACAAAACUUCACAAAAUUUAAGCAGAAAGGCUACAAAGCAGCUGGUGCUGACAAAGAAGGGAAACAGAUGGAGUCGAUAUUUGAAAGGGAAUUAUCGCUCAUGGAGCAUGAAGCUGCGCUUAAGGAUGAAACGGAUACUUCAAACUAUAACAGAAAGCUGAUCGCAGAAGAUUUCAAUCCGGAGACCCAUGACAUAUCAUUUCAACAAAUCGAAGCCGAGCAAGCUACCAUCAACGGAUUCAAAGAUGAGAACACAUCUGCAGUAGUAAGAUUAUUUGGUGUUACGAGUGAAGGGCAUUCCAUAUUGUGUAAUGUAACAGGGUUCAAACAUUACUUAUAUGUUCCAGCUCCAAACUCCGCUAAUGCACAAGAUCCACAGGAACUUCAGAAAUUUAUAUCGUAUGUUAAUCAAAUGUAUGAAAAUGCAAUUGAUUCGAUCGAGGUGGUAAAGAGGCAAUCGAUAUGGGGCUAUUCAGGUGACACAAUGCUUCCUUUUUGGAAAGUUUACACUACACAUCCUUCUGCUACAAACAAAUUGAGAACUGCGUUUGAAAAAGGGCACUUUAACUACAAUUCGUGGUUCGCUAAUGGUACAACAACUUACGAUAACAUAGCAUAUACUCUGAGAUUAAUGGUUGACUGUAAAAUUGUAGGUAUGUCCUGGGUCACUUUGCCAAAGGGCAAAUACAAUGUAGUUAGUGACAGCCAAAAAGUUUCUACCUGUCAACUAGAAGUUACAAUAAACUACAGAAACCUAAUAUCACAUCCAGCUGAAGGUGAAUGGUCUCACACUGCACCUUUACGUAUUUUGUCGUUUGAUAUUGAAUGUGCGGGUAGACCCGGAAUAUUCCCAGAACCGGAGCACGACAGAGUUAUUCAAAUAGCAAAUGUGGUGAAUACUGUUGGGGAAAAGAAACCAUUCAUAAGAAAUGUUUUUACACUAGAUACAUGUGCACCUAUUACUGGUUCUCAGGUUUUUGAUAAUGAAACUGAAGAAGAUUUAUUGAGAAAAUGGCGUGAUUUCAUUAUUCAAGUUGAUCCUGAUGUUAUCAUUGGUUACAACACCACUAAUUUUGAUAUACCAUAUCUAUUGAAUAGAGCAAAAGCACUUAAGAUUGAGAAUUUCCCAUACUUCGGUAGAUUAAAGAAUGUCAAACAAGAAAUCAAGGAAUCUAUCUUUUCUUCCAAAGCUUACGGUACCAGAGAAACUAAAAAUGUUAAUAUAGAUGGUAGAUUGCAACUAGAUUUGCUACAAUUCGUUCAGAGAGAAUAUAAGUUGAGAUCUUAUACUUUGAAUGCGGUUUCUGCUAAUUUUUUGGGUGAACAAAAGGAGGAUGUUCAUCAUAGUAUUAUUACCGAUCUACAAAAUGGAGAUAGGGAAACAAGAAGAAGGCUGGCUGUUUACUGUUUGAAAGAUGCAUACCUACCUUUGAGAUUGUUAGAAAAGCUAAUGGCAUUGGUGAAUUAUACGGAAAUGGCCCGUGUCACUGGUAUUCCAUUUUCUUACUUGUUAGCUCGUGGUCAGCAAAUUAAGGUUGUGUCUCAAUUGUUCAGAAAAUGUUUAGAAAUUGAUACAGUCAUCCCUAACAUGCAUUCACAUGGUAGUGAUGAGCAAUAUGAAGGUGCAACUGUUAUUGAACCUAUCAGAGGAUAUUAUGAUGUUCCUAUUGCAACACUGGAUUUCAACUCUUUGUAUCCAAGUAUCAUGAUGGCGCAUAACUUAUGCUACACGACAUUAUGCAAUAAAGCAACAGUUGAUCGACUGAACUUAAAAAAGGAGGAAGAUUAUAUCAUAACACCGAAUGGUGACUAUUUUGUUACAACUAAAAAGAGACGUGGUAUUUUACCUAUAAUUUUGGAUGAACUGAUUAGCGCUAGAAAGCGUGCAAAGAAAGAUUUGAGAGAUGAGACAGAUCCUUUCAAAAGAGAUGUUCUUAACGGUCGUCAAUUGGCUUUGAAAAUUUCUGCAAACUCCGUGUAUGGUUUCACUGGUGCUACUGUCGGCAAACUUCCUUGUUUGGCUAUCUCUUCCUCGGUUACUUCUUUUGGUCGUGUUAUGAUUAUGGAAACAAAGAAGGCUGUUGAGGAGAAAUAUUCUAUUAAGAAUGGUGCCAAGCAUGAUGCAGUAGUUAUUUAUGGUGAUACCGAUUCAGUCAUGGUUAAGUUUGGUACAACAGAUCUGAAAGAAGCAAUGGAACUGGGCGCAGAGGCCGCAGCAUUUGUCUCAAAGCUUUUUAAACACCCCAUCAAUCUAGAAUUUGAAAAGGCUUAUUUCCCAUACUUGUUAAUUAAUAAGAAAAGAUAUGCCGGACUGUAUUGGACAAAUCCAGAUAAAUAUGAUAAAUUAGACCAAAAGGGUUUAGCUUCUGUUCGUCGUGAUUCUUGUUCACUUGUAUCUAUCAUCAUGAAUAAAGUUUUGAAAAAGAUUUUAAUUGAUAGAGAUGUUGAUUCGGCAUUGGGCUUUGUAAAAGCCACUAUUGAUGAUAUUCUUCAAAACAGAGUAGAUAUUUCUAAACUAAUCAUUUCAAAGACUCUGGCACCAAAUUACACAAAUCCACAACCACAUGCCGUUUUAGCAGAGAGAAUGAAAAAAAGAGAUGGCUCUGGUCCUAAUAUUGGUGAUCGUGUGGAUUAUGUCAUCACUGGUGGUGGUGAUAAGCUUUAUAAUAGAGCUGAGGAUCCAUUAUAUGUACUAGAACAUAAUAUUCAAAUUGAUUCUAGGUAUUAUUUGACAAACCAACUUCAGAACCCAAUCAUUAGUAUAGUGGCGCCUAUUAUUGGUGAUAAGCAGGCCACUUCGAUGUUCACUAUCAAAUCGAUUAAAAUUAAUACAGGAAAUACCAAGGGCGGGUUGAUGGGCUUCAUCAAAAAGGUUGAAGCAUGUAAAGGGUGUAGAAGUCCUUUGAAAAAGGGAGAAGGUCCAUUAUGUUCUAAUUGUAAGUCAAGAUCAAGUGAACUUUAUAUUAAGGCCUUAUAUGAAGUACGGGAAUUGGAAGAGAAAUAUGCAAGACUCUGGACCGAAUGUCAAAGAUGUGCAGGCACCUUACACAAUGAAGUGCUAUGUUCAAACAAAAAUUGUGAUACUUUCUACAUGAGAGUCAAAGUUAAGAAAGAGCUUCAAGAAAAGGUUGAACAACUAAGUAAGUGGUAA